UCUAUGAAACUUAGUUUGUCCAAACACCAAAGUCGUAUCCUUCUCAAGUUUCAUUUUUCUUUUCUAACUCACUUGUUUUCUUGAACUUUCCAUUCGACUAAAGCAAUGGCUGAACAAAUACCAUACAGUAUUAUCGUAAGCAUCAUAAACAAAUUAACUUCUUCAACCUUCCACGAAUUCGCACGAAUUUACGGUGUCAAAAAUGAACUCCAAAAUCUCAACAAAACCUUAGAAUCCAUCAAAAUCAUGCUUUCAGAUGCUGAACACAAACAGCACAAUGAUCCCACUAUUCAUCAUUGGAUCACAAGGUUCAAACAAGUUCUUCAUGAUGCUGAUGAUUUCCUCGAUUACUUAACAAUUCGAGAUUCAAUGCUUAAAGCCAGUAAUAAUCAUGGAAACGUGUUGAAUAAGGUACAGAACUUGUUUUCAUUGGAGAAAAAUCCACUUGCUUUUCGUGUUAAAUUAGUUCGUGAAAUUGAUAAUGUUAGAAAGAAAUUUGAUAGUGUUGCAGAAGAUAUGUUGAAGUUGAAACUGAAUCCCAGUAUGGUAGUAAUUUUGAAAGAAAAUGAGGGUUUUUGUUCUUGGAGAGAAACUAGUUCUUUUGUUUUGGAAUCGGGGAUAGUUGGUAGGGAAGGAAACAAAAAUGAGAUUAUUGAGUUGUUGAAAGGGAAAGGGAGUAAAGAUAGUGUUUCUUUUAUUGCUGUUGUUGGUAUGGGCGGGUUGGGAAAGACGGCGCUUGCGCAAUUGGUUUAUAAUGAUGAUGAAGUGGAGAAGAUGUUCGAGAAACGGAUUUGGGUUUGUGUUUCUCAGGAGUUUGAUGUUAAGUCGAUUUUGAGUAAAAUGUUGAAAUCGUUGAAGAAUGGUGAAGUUGGUGAUUUGGAGUUGGAUAUUUUACAAAGGAGGGUUCGGGAAGAGUUGAAUGGGCAAAGGUAUUUGCUUGUACUUGAUGAUUUGUGGAAUGAGGAUCAGUUAAAGUGGGAUGAGUUGAGAACUUAUCUGAUGUGUGGAGGUCAAGGUAGUAAGGUAUUAGUGACCACUCGUAGUAGAUUGGUCUCGCAAAUUAUGGGUGUGAACAUGCCGUAUGUUUUGAAAGGAUUGAACAAAGAGCAAUCGUGGAAUUUGUUAAAGAAGUUGACAUUUGGUGAAGUUGCCAAUGGCAUGAGCCCAAAUCUUGAAUCCAUUGGUGAUAGAAUUGCAGAAAAAUGUGGCGGAGUUCCCUUAGCGAUCAGAACUGUAGGAGGGUUUUUACAAACUGUAAAUGAAAAAGAAGAUCAAUGGUUGAAUGUUUUAAACGGUGAUGUUUGGAGAUUGUGUGAAGAAAGGCAGAGUAUUAUGCCGGUGCUAAAGCUGAGUUAUCAAAACUUGCCGUUGGGGUUAAGACAAUGCUUUGCCUAUUGUUGUUUAUACCCUAAAAAUUGGGAAAUUCAGAAGAAUGAAUUGAUUCAAUUAUGGAUGGCUCAAGGCUACCUUGAAAGUACAAUUGAAACACAAUCCAUUGAAGAUGUGGGAAAUCAAUAUGUAAGGAUUUUGUUGUUGAGGUCAUUCUUUCAAGAUGCAUCAUUGAGCAAACACAGUGAUAUAAUUUCCUUCAAAAUGCAUGAUUUGAUGCAUGAUCUUGCAAAGUCGGUAGCUGGAAAUGAUUGCUGCUUGCAUGCCGAGGGGAAAAGAUUUAUUGGAAGACCCAUCCACGUCUCAUUUUUAUCUAGUACCACUUGUUCAUUGGAUCUUUUAGAUGCAAGUAAACCGCGUACCGUUCUUUGGGCCAAAACCAAAGCAGGAAGUGUUUCGGAUGCCAAAUUAUCUAUCACCAAGAACUUGAAAUAUCUGCGAGCUUUUGAUUUGUCACACUCUCUGAUAACUGAGCUGCCACAAUCGAUUGAUAAAUGCAGGCAUUUAAGGUAUCUGGACUUGUCUAGUUGCAAAGAACUAAUUAGUUUGCCCAAGUCAAUUGGCAAUCUUGUUAGUUUGCAAUCUUUGAAAUUGAGUGGUUGCCGGCAACUUGUAUUUUGUACUGAAGUUAUCACGAAGUUAAUUAAUCUGAGACACCUUGAAAUUGAAGGUUGUAAAGCCUUUGCAGACAUGAUGCCUCUUGGAUUAGGACAGUUGACUUCAUUGCAGUCCUUAUCAAGUUUUGUAGUGGGGGAUGAUGAGACAAGGAACUGUGGCAAAUUAAAUGAAUUGAAGGAGCUAAAUAGCCUAAAGGGUCAUUUGAGAAUCAGUAAUCUGGGCUCAGUAAAAGAUGUGGCAUUGGAGUCACGAGAAGUAAAUCUGAAAAUAAAGAAGUACAUCCAAGUCCUGGAGCUGAAUUGGGGGAAAAGCCGAUAUGAUUGGGUAGAAGAAGGGAAAAACAGUGAGAUCGACUUGCAGUUAUUGGAUAAUCUUUGUCCUAAUCAGAAUUUGAGAAAAUUGCAAGUGAGUGGGUAUCCGGGAGUGAGGUUUUCAAGUUGGCUUCCUUCCCUGACUAAUAUUAUUCAAAUCAACCUCUACCGUCUUUCCAAUUGUCAACAUCUCCAACCAUUGGAAGGACUUCCACGGCUGAAGAGGAUUCACAUUAGUGAAAUGAAUGAACUAAAGUACAUUCAUUACGAUGAUAUCUCUCAUGUGUUCUUCCCGUCUUUGGAGAAACUCAUCCUCUUUGGCUGCAAAAACCUGAAAGGAUGGAAAAGGUUGGGAAAUAAUGUUGAAAACCAUCAUCCACUCCCCCCUUUUCCCUGUCUUUCAUAUUUGGAAAUUUGGGAUUGUCCGAAACUGACUUGCAUGCCUACAUAUCCUUACCUCACCGAGUUGAAGUUAAUUUCUUGUAACGUGAAGCCAAUGAUUGAAACAUGUUCGGUUCAGCUUCAGUCUUCCUCCUUCAACCCUCUUUUUGGCCUCAAGCACUUGUAUCUCACAGAAAUAGACCUAGAAGCAAUGCCAGAGCAGUGGAUGAAAAAUCUGAAAUCUCUUGAGCGUCUCUCUCUUUCGGGAUUUCUUGUUAUUGAGCCUAUGAUACGACACUUGCAACACCUUUCUGCUGGACUUCAGGAACUGAGAAUUUGUCAAGUCGACAAGCUUGAUUUAUGGAGAGAUGAGGGUAAUGCUAACUCUGAAUGCCAAGUCCCUCAUGGCCUCAGAUCUCUGCAGAAAAUAUCCGUAGAAUUCUGCGACAACUUGAAGGCCUUUCCGGAGCAAAUUCUUGACAUCCAAUCACUUAGGCAUAUUAAGAUUCUUCAUUGUGAUGAUUUAGAGUCACUGCCUGAAGGCUUGCGUUGCCUUACAAAUUUGCAGACUCUUCAUAUUAUCCACUGUCCUCUUAUACGUAAGAGAUGUCAAAUUAAAGUUGGAGAAGAUUGGCCAAACAUUGCUCACAUCCCAGACAUAUUGUUAAUUGAUUCUGUUUAAAGAAGAUUAAGAAUGUCACAAAUUGAAGAGGGAAAGGUACUUAUCAUUGAAUAUUCCUUUUCCAGUUUCUCCCAUCAUUGUUCUCGAGUUAAUACUAAACUAGAUAUAUAUCAUAGAUGUUUACACUUCACACAAUUUUCUUGGAAUAAAAGGUGUAGAAAACAUUAGAUGUUGGUACUUAUAUAGGAUGAAGCCAUGUUAAAGGAGACCGUGACAGUUACAGAUAGGAGGAACGAUAAGAACAAUAUCGAUAUCUUUUUUGUACGAAUCAAUAACAAUAUUAUUUU